AUGUAAAUUAGUUUGAGUGUCAGCAGGGUCGUUGUAAGGGGGUGGGGAGUUAGGAAAAAUCUGGAAAAUAACUGGAUUGGUCUGGACUGGGGGGCCCACCCGGCCCAGUAUGAUAUGCCUUCAUGGGGCCCAAAAUCUCUAGCAACGCCCCUGAGUGUCAGUCAAAUGUACAGUAAUAACGAAGUGGCAUUUUUAAAAUCUCCACGUAAAUGUUAAGAUUAAGAAAAGGGACAGGUGACGACACCAAAAAGAAUCAAAAUGAGAAUUGUUUUAUACACGCUAUAUUGCAAAAAUUUGCAGGGGUGUAGCUAGAAAUUCUGGGCUCCUGAGCGGAGCAGGGGCGGCGGGUUGUGGUUUUGCUGGAGAGUCAGAUGUAGCCUAUAUUUAGUUAGUGUUUAUUGUCCGUGGGCAUGACUGGAGCAUGUCGAUCUAAACCAUGCACUCAUCUGACAAGUAGAAAGCAUGCGCUCUGCGACCUCGCUCUGUGCUGUAGGGGGAAUUAGCCCAUCGGCAAAAUGGGCAAGGCGAAUUUCAUCGGCAAGGUUCACAACUCACAACCCAGUUGGUUCUCACUGGUCUAAUAACUGUUUACGUUUUUGAGAGAGGGCAAUAGUUUUCUUUGUUCAUGUUCAAUGUAAUGGUGUGUUUUUUCUUACAAUGUGAAUGAAGAUACGUCAUAUGCAAGAAAAUUAAGUGACAUUCUCAAAGAGUGAAAAUGAUGUAUUACGUACACUAUGUCUAAACCUGUUAGUUUAAUUCACUGCAUCUAAUGUAGAUUUAAACUCUAGAAUAAAACUUAAGUACAUUUAGAUUAGUAAAUAUCAUGUAAUUUUCGUCCACUAAAUCUACAUUAAAACAAAUUUUAUUUUCGUCAAAAAACAAAAACUAGAAUUAAAUCAAAAUAUGCUGUCGGUAUUAACUUCGUUCCCUCUUGUGCAAAGUCCGGGAAAACAUGAUAACGUUAAGAAAUUUUAAGACUGGGGAAAAUUUGUGGGAAUAUUUUCCCAUUGGCGUGUUUUGUCCCAGUACAGCGCCCGUGGUUGCUAUGGUGCGUCGCGUAUCAACAUUUCAGAGGCGCCGUAGAUAUCAUAGUAGCCUAGGAGAAAAGGAAAGUUUGUGUUCAAACUACUUUCAGAACUAGUCUGUUUAUAAUCUUCGGUGUAAAAGAGGUCUCAAAUGUUGGCAGAGAUUUCAUUAAACCCUUUGAAAUCUGACACCUUUCAGAAGGCAGACUGCACCAAGCAUGAGCUGGGUGCUAGCUUGCCGCAGCUGGCGGAGCUCGGCAGGGGUGCGGUGUCCCACCGCGGCUGCUUCCUGGGAGUGGAGACGCAGAAGCAGCUGAUUUGGGAGAGCUGGGAGCCGGGCAGGGAGGUCACCAAGAGCCUGACGCUGAAGAACAUCCACAGCAAACUGCAGAAGCUCCACUUCAAGCCCCCCAUCUCUGGAGUCUUCAUCACGCUGUUCCCCAAGACCAUCGUCCUGAGUCCUGGGACGUCCUUCUCACUUCCCGUGACGUUCCGUCCUCUAGAGAAGCGGGAAUACUCGGACAGCAUUGAGUUCCGGAGCAGGGCCGGAACCUUCCGGGUGUCCCUGCGUGCUGCCCCCCCCAGACACGCCCUGGAGGUCCCCGACACGGUGCUGCUGCCCCCUUGCGCCGUCCAAGACACGUCCCGGGUCACCUUCGUGAUCCGCAAUGCCAGUAAGCUUCAAACCAGCUUCACGUGGGAGGUUGAGGCUCCGUUCCGGCUCUCACCCAUGAACGACGUGUUGGCUCCCGGGGAGGAGUGCAGCGUGACAGUGUACUUCAGGCCACAGCAGGCUCUGGUGUACCAGGAGGAGGCUCGCUGCGUCUAUGGCGACCUGGAGGAGAGCCGCGCCACUGUACUGCUACGCGGACUGUCCAAGUACCCUCACCUCCAAGUCUGCACCCCGCAGAAGGAGGGUGAAUGGAGCGUGCUGGAUUUUGGCAGUGUGUCGGUGGGCAAAACCAAGGAGAAGUACUUUGACAUCUUCAAUCCAUGUCAGGUGAGCGCCCCCUUCAGGCUGAGCAUGCUACACAGGCCAGCUCUCCUGGAGGAGGUCUUCCAGUGCGACGUGCGAGAGGGGCGGGUGGAGCCCCGUGCUUCGCUGAAGGUGCCCGUGCGUUUCUCGCCCCAGACCGUGGAUUGUACCAGUGUGGACUACUACUCUGUCACCUGCUCCGGGGGGGUCAGCAAAACCAUCCUCAAAGUCACGGGCACCUGCGUGGGCCCCCUGGUGACUCUGGAAGUGACGGUGCUGGACUUUGGCUGCCUGGAGCUGGGCACGGAGGCGGUGCGCACCGUGACUCUGUCCAACUGUGGCUUGGCCGAGGCACGCUUCCAGUUCGAUGUGGACCCUGGAGGACAUGGUGUCUUCGGCCCGGAGCCGCCGUGCGGCAUCCUGCCCCCCCGCGGCUCCCUCACCAUCCGCGUGCGCUUCAGACCCCGGCUCCCCAUCGCCCACUACAGGAGGGUGGCCUGCCUUGUGCUGCACAGGGAUCCUCUGUUCCUGGACCUGAUUGGCACCUGCCACUCAGAGCAGCUGAAACCGGCCAUCUUGAAACCGAGGCACCUGCGCCUUUACUGGCUUCAUCUGGCCCGUGGAUUGACCUGCUACCCCCCUGAUGUACUGAGCACCAUGCUGGAGGAGAACAAAUUGCAGCUUGACCAAGAGGGGGCGCUGUUGCUGCCAGAGGACCUACAGGUAAAGACUCCUGUGUUGGACCCUACACAAGUCCAGAGGGCGCCAGCAGAGGAGUACCUUCAGGGGAGCUCAGGAGUGGGUUCUGCGGUCACCGUAGACCCCCCUGAGCUGUUGUUCCACAGAGGGUCACGCUCGCUCUCCGUCUCCGUCACCAACCGAACCAAGGGCACGCUGAGCCUGGCAUGGACCAUGGCCCCUGACUGGGCCUUCAGUGUGGAGCCCGCUUCCCGUGACCUGGCGCCCCUGAAGAGCACGGCGUUUCGGGUCGUGUACGCACCCCCAAAGGACAACACUCUGCACGGGGCCCAGCUGGAGUGCUUUGCUUUUUACAAGGUACUGAGGAACCAUCACCAGGCAGAUGAUCGCACGCUGUGUCCUCCCUGCUGCGUCACGCUUAGGGUCAGCGGCCACUCCUUCCAGCCAGGCUGCGAGCACUUCACCCCUCGUGUGAUACUACAGCGUCCUCUAGUGGUGUUCCCUCCCUUGGCUGAGACGUGUUACCAGAUGGUCCUCCUUCAGAACGCAGGAGACUUGCCACUCACCUUCAGGCUGGACCCUGAUGAGGGCCUUCCUGUCUCUGUCAGGCCCACCACGGGCCUGGUGGCACCUGGGGCGCACCAGAUCCUCAUGCUCAGGAGCACCCCCGAGGCAGACCGCCCUCGGGAACAUGCGCUACCCCUGUGGUUCAAUGGCACCUCCAAACACACUCAGGUGCUGACUGUGUUAAGCAGUACCGAGCGGCCGCAGGUGUCCCUCGAGAGCGACGGCGGCCUGUUUUUCCAGCCCACUGCGGUCGGCUCCUGCUCCAUACGCUCCUGGCGGAUCAGGAAUGAGAGUCGCGUGCCGCUGAGCUUCCAUUGGUCUGCCCGGGACUCAGAGGACAGCUCGUUGUCUGUAGACCCAGAAGACGGCGUCCUGCAGCCCAACGAGAGCUUGGCACAGGUGUGGUCCUUCACGCCAUUGGCUGAGUCCUUAUACACUCUGAAGCCCAGUCUGAUGUUCUGGCCAACCCAAAGCCCUGGAUGCAGGAAGUCCCGCCUCUCAGUCAGGGUGAUGGGGUUCGCAACACAGGGCUCUAUACAGGCAGAGUGCCCUGUGCUUGACUUGGGUGAAGUACUGGUGGGAGGCUGCCAGUCAUGUGACCUGCCUUUGCUUAACCAUGGUCCGUGCGCCCUCCGCUUCUCCCUGGAUGUGCAGCAAAGCAUCAUGGUCCCAGUCCAGCCGCAGGAUGCACCAGAUGACCCGAUUGCGCUUAAGUUAGAGCGCCUGGAAGGCACGAUUGCAGCCCGGUGCAGGAUGCUGAUCCGCUGCACAGCGAGACUGACACGUAGGGCGAGUUACUGCUGGUCCAUCCGUUACCAGAUCGUCAACUGGCACGGCUCAGUGAUGUCCGAACCCCAGGCUUUGUGCCGGGUGCAGGGCCGCGGCUCGUACCCCACACUGGAGGUGGUGGACGCUGAGGGGUGUGGGGCCGCUGAAGGCCUGGGCAGGAUGCAGCUGUGGAGCAUGCUGUCCCUGAGCGGCCUCAACGCGUACCUGUGCCAGGAUCCCUCACUGGAGCUCGCCCUCGGCCCGGGGGGGCACAGCCCCCGACGUCGGCUGUCCGGCUUCACCCCGGUCAUGCUGGACUUUGACCUCUGUGCGGCCCCCCUGGGAUCAGAGCCCUCGAGUGUGACGCUGACGCUGGAGAACACGGGGAACAUCACUGCGGAGUGGUGCUUCCUGUUUCCCGAAGACCAGAAGGUGAAGCUGGAAUACUGGGCAGAGACCAGUGACCCCAGCUCUGCCGAGCAGCUGUUCUCAGUGGCGCCCCGAGCUGGCAAGCUGCAUCCUGGCCAGCAGGGGGCGGUGCAGCUGAUCUACAGGCAUGACUUGAUGGGCAGAUUCGGCCUCCCGGUGCUCCUGAAGGUGUCCCACGGCCGGCAGAUCCUGCUGAACUUCACCGGCGUGACCGUAGCGUGUGACCAGCCUUAUGUUCACUUCACCUCCAGCAAGCACAACUUUGCACCCGUGGCCAUUGGGGAGUUCGACCCUCCCCGGCAGACUUGUGAUCUGUAUAAUGCGGGCGCCGUUCCAGCGACCUACCGGGUCGACAUCACGCCCCUUCAGCAGCUUACGGCGGACAAUUUCGGGCAUCCUGUCCUGCAGUGCCUGAACCCCUCCGGGGAGGUGCAGCCAGGCCUCGUAGCAUCCCUGCUGUGGAUUUUCUCUCCCCUGGAGGCCAAGACUUACAGUGUGGACGUCUCCAUCCACAUACUGGAGGGAGACUCGACACUGGUCACGUUGCAGGGCUGCGGGUUCGAUGCUCGGACCCUGGGGGACUCGCCCCCGCUGUGGCUUCAGGGAGACCAGGCCGAUGUGCCCCGUCCUCAGAGGGAGCCUCUGCCUGGGCAGCUGGCAGUCCUGUCUCUGAAGCAGCUGUCACUAGGAGACGUCCCCAUCUGCUCCCGUACCACCCGCAUCUUCUUCCUGAUGAACGUCUCCAGCACAGACACGGUCCUUUACUCCUGGAACCUGGCUCAGCAGGCCCACUGCUCGGAGGUGCAGAUCCACCCUGAAGAUGGAGCCUUAGCGGUGGGGGAGAGCGUCCUAUGUACGCUUACCUUACAGGCCGUGGGGGGGCCCUGCAUCUACACGCUGGACCUCAUCUGUCAGGUAACAGCAGAGGGCGCCGUGGUGCAGUAUGAAAGGGAGCUGCAGCAGUGGGAGCAGGAGGGAGAACGACAGCGGGACGAGUUCAUCAUCACGGAGAGCGGCGUGCAGCCGCCUGCCAUUCUUCAGGGAUGUGACACGGCGGUGCAGAAUGCAGACCCCCCAGUCAGAAGGUACAAGACCCUUCCCCCCAUUCCCAGCGCCCGGAGUAGGCUGCCCCGGGCUGAGCGGCGUGCCCUCAGAAACGCCCCCCGGGUGUGGAGGAGGCCGGAGCCUCCCCGGGCCGCCCUGCUGCACCUGGGCGUGACGGCCCGUUCACACAGCCUGCCCGACGUCCAGCGCAACUUCCCAUGUCGCUUCCACACACACUACAUACAGAGCAGCUCCAAGCGCUCCGGCGCCGAGGCCUGCGAGAGCCGCCCCCCCCUGACAGAUUCCCCCCUCAGCUCGGAGAGAGACGUGGUCACGCACGUCCUCACCUGCAUCAUCAGGAGCCUGCUGGAAGACCCUCUGUUCCAUCAGUCCCUGGUGGAGAGCUUUAAUGAACCCGUCCCCUACUUCUCCCAGCUGCGUACGAUGCAGCUUCAGCACCCACGGCCACCCCCCCCAUCCGAGCCCCCUCCUCCCAAUGGCCCUGUCAGACCUGGGGGAUCCGUACAGGGGCCGGGCUUCAGCAUGGAGCCACAGGCCCAUCUCCCUGUAUCCGAGACCCAGCAGGAUCGGGACCUGCAGAUCCAGGAGAUCAUCCGCAGGCUGCCUGAGUUCCACGACCUGACUGAGGACGUGCUGCUGAACACACUGCAGAACCUGAUGAAGGAGGCGUAUCACGGCGAGUGGAUCCUCACCGCGCGCCCCAGAGCCAUCGCGCUGCCACCCACCACUGGCAGGAGAUCUGGUGCUGGCAGAGAACCGGAUAACAAGACACGCCCAGAUCAGCAAGGUUCCACAUCUUCUCCUCCGCCUUAGAGGAGCACCUCUGACCCUCUGUAGAGCGUCGGUAAUCUGUGCUAAGCAAUAAUUAAUAAA